AUGUCAUCCCAAACUGAAGAGAAAGUGUCACAGUGUUCCUUGUGCGCUCAGUUCCAGAGAAUGUGGAAUGUGGUCGAAUGUGGAAUGUGGUCGAAAGUUGGAACUGACCUGUUUGAGUAUAAUGGAGGUCAUCACCUGCUGUGUGUAGAUUACUAUUCAAAGUGGAUUGAAGUUGCUAAGCUAGACAACUUAACCAGCGGCAAUAUCAUCUGUCACCUGAAGAGUCAAUUUGUUCGGUAUGGGAUACCUGAUGAGCUUCUCAGUGACAAUGGGCCUCAAUAUGCUAGUUCAGCAUCUACUGAUUUCAGAAAGAGCUAUGGUUUUGUCCAUACCACAUCAAGUCCUCACUUCCCUCAAACAAAUGGUGAAGCUGAAAGGGCAGUUCAGACCAUCAAGAAUCUCCUCAAAAAAGCACAAAAUCCUUACCAGGGACUGCUGAACUAUAGAAAUACUCCUUUGGAUGGUAUAAACCUUUCACCUGCUCAGCUGCUCAUGGAUCGAAGAUUAAAAUCUUCCCAACCAACAAAGGUUGAUUUGCUUAAACCCCAACAUCACAAGAAAUUCAACAGCACUUUCAAAAGAUUGUGA